AUGAGCGUCGAAUUAGAGUCUAAUACGAAUCUCGAAGAAAUAUAUACUUGGAUCGAGCAAAUACCAUUUUCCAAACCAAAAAAAAAUGUUGCUCGGGAUUUCUCCGAUGGUGUUUUUAUGGCUGAAUUGUUAAAGCGAUACUACCCUAAGCUCGUCGACAUACAUAAUUAUAUUCCUGGAAAUAGCAUUGCAAAGAAAAUAGAUAAUUGGUGUACACUAAAUCGCAAGGUUCUUUCAAAAUUGGACAUAAAAUUAGGAAAAGAUGUGAUUAAUCAACUCGCAAAUUCACAAGCUGGUGUUAUUGAAAAAGUUUUAACCGAUGUGAGAACUAAAAUUUUAAAAGAUUGUAAUGCGGAUAGGAAUUCCUUAUAUUUUGAAUAUGAGGAAAAUGAGAACAAAGAAGUAGUUAAAUCAAUACUUAAUCCUGAAGAAAUAGCAAAUAAAACAGUUCCACGUCACGUAUUCGUUCGACUAAAACAAGAAUUAGAAGAGAAAAAUGAAGUAAUAAAUACGCUUUACCAAAAGGUCUCUCAUUUAGAAUCUUUGAUGAAAUUGAAAGAUCAAAGAAUCACAGAUCUUACAUCGCAAAUAAUCAAACCUAUAGAACAAAAUAUUUCUCCAAGAUCUAUACAUUUUACUCCUACAUCUAACAUACUUUCAAAAUUUCGAACGAAAAUAUAA